GUGUAUAGGGGAUCAAGUAUGGCAAGCAAAACUUCCUCAGUUGACCUGGUGCUUGAAGCAUUAGGAGGUAGAGGACGGUACCAGAAAUUUCAGUACUUUGCGAGCAAUUUGUCAGCUUUAUCAGCGUCGUUCCAGCUCCUCAGCAUUGUAUUUGUGGGUAGACAUGUGGCCCAUACCUGUAAGCAGCCGGUGAAUAUAUCUGAUAUCUACCGGGUCAUUGACAAUGACCUCUUUCAGGCCAACAACAGUAUCGUGUACUUUGAGAAAUGUAACAUACGGGUGGAAGCCAAUAUUUCUGGCAAUGUCUCCACCUCCGAUUUGUCCUGUAUCUACGGAUACGAGUAUGAGGACAGGAAAGAGACUUCGUUGAUGUCUGACAUGGACAUAGUAUGUGACAGAUCACAUUUGAGGGGAUUUGCACAGACGCUGCUCAUCAUAGGCCAGGGUAUCGGAGCUUUCAUCCUCCCCGCCCUCUCGGACCGAUAUGGACGCCGCCCUGUUCAACUCGCCGCUCACCUUUGUGUUCUUGCAUUAGGCGUGUGCGUCGCCUUCGCCCCUGACUACACUGCAUUUCUUGUGAUACGGGUGUUCUUGGGAAUUGUGCAACAGGGAAUUGUUCUGACAAGCAUAACAAUAAACAUUGAGCUCUUCCACUCUCGUCAUCGAAAGCUAUGUGGGCUCUUUGGAUGCCUUCGUGGGCAACUUGCAACUCUUUAAUCGCUCUAAACGCCUACUUGAUGCAGAGCUACUCCUGGAGAACUACACAGCUUGUCUACUGUUCAGCGUCCUUAUUGGUCUUUGUCCAGUACUUCAUUCUGGACGAAUCUCUGUCUUGGUUGAUCACCAACAACAAGACCAAGCAGGUCACCAAGAAUCUCAAAAAAGCAGCUCGCAUCAGCGGUAAAGACUAUCAAACUGUUUUGAAUGUUUACAAGGACCUACAGAA